AUGCCUGAGCAGAGCAAUGACUACCGUGUGGUGGUGUUUGGGGCCGGAGGAGUGGGGAAGAGUUCCCUGGUGCUGCGCUUUGUGAAGGGGACCUUCCGUGAGAGCUAUAUCCCCACAAUUGAGGACACUUAUCGGCAGGUCAUUAGCUGUGACAAGAGCAUCUGCACACUGCAGAUCACAGACACCACAGGUAGCCACCAGUUCCCAGCCAUGCAACGUCUCUCUAUUUCCAAGGGCCACGCCUUCAUCCUUGUAUAUUCCAUCACAAGCAAGCAGUCCAUGGAGGAACUAAAGCCCAUCUUUGAGCAGAUCUGUCAGAUCAAAGGUGAUGUGGAGAACAUCCCCAUAAUGUUGGUGGGCAACAAGAAUGAUGAGACAAGUGGUCGUGAGGUGGAAACCAGUGAUGGUGAGGCCCUGGCCAAGAGGUGGAAGUGUGCCUUCAUGGAGACGUCGGCCAAAACAAACCACAACGUGAAAGAGCUUUUCCAGGAGCUGCUUAAUCUUGAGAAACGUAGAACUGUCAGUCUUCAGAUAGAUGGCAAAAAAAACAAACAGCAGAAGCGUGCUGAGAAGCUCAAGGGGAAAUGUGUAGUCAUGUAA